GUCGUGUCUGAGAGCUCUUGUUUCACUUGAGCAGCUAUAGAAGUGAAAGGCCAAGUGUUCGCUCUUCUCGAAUAAUCUAUGAACCGUGGAGGCUUCAGAUCCUCGGGAGUGCAGGGGUAGCGCGAAACAGCCAAUGAGCUUCUAAGAUCCAAGUUGACACGUUCACGUUCAGAGCUUCCACCCGCAUUUAUUUAUCAACGCCGCGUCCCAGCUUGCGCCUCUUCCAUUACUCACCUCUCAACCCUCUACCUAAGACCUCUGCCCUUUCCCGACAGCAGGCAAUAAUAAUGCGCUUCUCAAUUGGAGCUACCGCUGCGCUCGCCGCCGCCGUUGUGCGCGCCGAAGAGCCCGCCGCCGAGGCGCCUUCGUCGGCUUCCGUCGCGAAGCCUACCUUCACCCCCACCACACUCAAGGCUCCCUUCCUCGAGCAGUUCACAGACGACUGGGAAACCCGAUGGAAGGCCUCCCACGCAAAGAAGGACGUCAAGGCUGAUGAUGAGGAGUGGGCGUACGUCGGUACCUGGGCCGUUGAGGAGCCUACUGUUCUGAAGGGCGUUGAGGGCGACAAGGGUCUUGUUGUCAAGGACAAGGCUGCUCACCACGCCAUCUCCGCGAAGUUCCCCAAGGCGAUCGACAACAAGGACAACACCCUGGUUGUCCAGUACGAGGUCAAGCUCCAGAACGGCCUCGAGUGCGGUGGUGCCUACUUGAAGCUCCUGAAGGAGGAGGCAGCUCUUCACGCCGAGGAGUUCUCCAACGCCUCUCCCUACGUGAUCAUGUUUGGUCCCGACAAGUGCGGUGCUACCAACAAGGUUCACUUCAUCUUCAAGCACAAGAACCCCAAGACCGGCGAGUACGAGGAGAAGCACCUUACAAACCCCCCGAUGGCUCGCAUCGUCAAGACCUCCACCCUCUACACUCUGAUCGUCAAGCCUGACCAGAGCUUCGAGAUCAAGAUCGACGGCGAGUCCACUCGCAACGGUACCCUCCUCGAGGACUUUACCCCCUCGGUCAACCCCGAGGCCGAGAUCGACGACGAGGACGACAAGAAGCCAGAGGACUGGGUUGACGAGUCCCGCAUCGCUGAUCCCGAGGCCUCCAAGCCUGAGGACUGGGAUGAGGACGCUCCUUUCGAGAUCGUUGAUGAGACCGCUGAGAAGCCCGAGGACUGGCUCGAGGAUGAGCCCACCACCAUCCCCGACCCCGAGGCCGUCAAGCCCGAGGACUGGGAUGAUGAGGAGGACGGUGACUGGGUCGCCCCGACUGUCCCCAACCCCAAGUGUGACGAGGUCUCUGGCUGCGGCAAGUGGGAAUCCCCAAUGAUCAAGAACCCUGCCUACAAGGGCAAGUGGACCGCCCCCUACAUUGACAACCCUGCCUACAAGGGCGUCUGGGCCCCUCGCAAGAUCGCCAACCCCAACUACUUCGAGGACAAGUCACCCGCCAACUUCGAGCCCAUCGGCGCCGUUGGUAUCGAGCUUUGGUCCAUGCAGAACGAUAUCCUCUUCGACAACCUCUACAUUGGUCACUCCGUUGAGGAUGCCAAGAAGCUCGAGGAGGAGACCUUCGUUCCCAAGAAGGCUGCUGAGAAGGCCGAGGAGGAGGCCACCGCCCCCAAGCCCAAGGAGUCGCCCAAGUCUCCCUCAGACCUCGUUUUCAAGGAUGACCCCGCUCUUUACAUCAAGGAGAAGCUCAACUUGUUCAUUGAGAUUGCCAAGAAGGACCCCGUUGAGGCUGUCAAGUUCGUGCCUGAGGUCGCUGGAGGUAUCGCCGCUCUCGCCGUCACUUUCCUUGUUCUCCUCGUGUCUCUCUUCGCUGGCUCCAGUGCUGCUCCCUCCAAGGAGCAGAUCAAGGCCCAGGCCGACAAGGCAAAGAAGACUGCUGUUGAGGCCAAGGACAAGGCUGCUCAGGCGGUUGCGACUGGCUCGGAGAAGGUUCAGGCUGAGGUCAACAAGCGCCAGACCCGCUCAACUGCCCAGUAGGUAGUAAAAGUGGCUGGAGCGUUUGGGUGGUGAGAUAAGUGGACGAAGUCUUUAUUUUACAGCGACAAGCCCCAGACAGAGUCGUCUAGGAGGCAAUUGAUUGGUAUCGCGAUAGCGAUUGGGUUUCAUUGUUCACACGUUAUAUAUCGUCCGGGUAAAAAGGCGCAGAGUGUAUCAUAGCCCGCUGUUUUGGAAUGAGGCAAUGGAACGGCAUUGAACAUUUUA